AUGGAAGAAAGAAAGGAGGAGAUCAAGGAUAAGACAAAUGAAGAUGAGUCAAAGGGUUCAGAAAAGGGCAGUGAAACAGCAGGUGGCGACGAAGAGGAGGAUGAAGGUGCCAGAUCAUCAUCUGAAGCUGCAAAGGAGGAUGGCAAAGCUCAGGAGUUGCCAGAAAAGGAAAAGACUGCAGCUACCACAGGAGAUGAUAGACCCAAGGAAGAUGAUGCUUCAGUGGUGUCCACAGCAGCAGCGGCAGCUCUUGCUGCAGCAGCCGUGAAAGCUAAGCAUCUGGCUGCUAUCGAGGAGCGGAAGAUCAAAGGGCUAGUGGCGCUGUUGGUGGAGACGCAGAUGAAGAAACUGGAAAUCAAACUCCGCCAUUUUGAGGAGCUGGAGACUAUCAUGGAUAAGGAAGGAGAAUCUCUAGAGUACCAGCGUCAGCAGCUGCUGCAAGAGAGGCAGCAGUUCCAUAUGGAGCAGAUCCGGGCUGCCGAGUACAGGGCCCGACAGUUUGCCAACCAGCAGCUGACUGACAACAAGACAGUGUCAACCCAGCAGUCAGGCGAUAGUCAUCAGUCUGUGACAUCCAGCAUUUCUGCUCCAGCCCAGAACCAGGCGGUUUUGGUGGUGAACCAGGGGGCCGGUUAUGCCAUGCAUGGGUCACCUCUGCCCCCUCAGGGUCCACAGGUACAAGCAUCUCAAGUAGCUCAAGGUUCCCCUACUCACACGACCAACCCAUCUUCAUCUUUUGCACCGUCUGCACCAGCAGCUUCUCCUUCGCCAUCUUUAACCGCAACACCACCGUUGUCAUCGGCUUAUGCCACAACAUCAUCAUCAGGUGCAUCAUCCACCACCAUUCCUCAGCCGACCCCUUCAGCAACACCUACCUCUUCCACCCAGCCGCCCACACCUCCGCCUCCCGCUUCCAACCCGGCCAUUGCACAAGCCCUCCAGUCAUCGUCUCAGUCCUUGACCCCGCCACUUUUGGAAAACCCUAGUGGGACGCCCACACCACAGCAGCAGCAGCAAAUGCACCCACAGUAUCAACAACAGGGCCCCAUGGGGCAGGGCUAUCCCCCUUCAACACAGUAUGGGGACCCUCAGCAAGACCCCUCUCCCCCUCCAGGUUUGUUUUCUCAGGGUGGGUCUCAGCUGGCUCAAGGCGGACCUCAGUAUCCGUCAGGGGGGCCCCAGGCCUACCAGCCUCACCCAUUAGAAGUGAACCCGGGGGCCACCCCACCUCAACAGUACCCCCAACAACCAGCAGGUCAUUACCCCGGUUACAUAGGCCAUUCUAAUCAGUACCCACCCCACUCAGGGCCCCCUCAGGGUCAGUUCAUGCCUCCACAUUUGGGUAUCAACCAGCAAAGCUACUCCCCCUUCAAUGGGGGUGCCCCAUCCGGGCCCUCGGUGACUCACUACCCCAACCAGCCUGUACAGCCGUACCCUGGACAGUAUCAAGGAGGCCCCCAGCCACAACCAGGAAAUGCUGUUCAAAGACCCUUUAUGCCAGGUGCAGGUAACCAGGGCAGUAGCCAAGACCAGAUGAUGAUGUCCCCAUCACCGACUGGAUCAAACAAGUAG